CUGUUGUAAUUGGAAAGUAGCCGUUGGUUUUGGGUGUGUUUGUAAAUAUGGAGUUUAAAUUCGCUUAUGUAUUUUUGUCUGUUGUAUUCUUGUUUUUGUGUUUAAUAAGUAACUGCGAAGGUCAACAGAAUGCAGAAGACAGUAACAGAAUUGUGUGGUGCACAAUUAGUUCAGAGGAGCAACGGAAAUGUUUGAACUUUGCGCAAGCUGUUGAAAGGGACUGGAAUUUGUUUGGAACAGCAGCAAUGAGGCUAGACUGUAAACAGGGCUUUAACAAGGAAGAUUGUAUGACUUACCUUGAUGAAGAAAAGGCACACAUAACUAGUCUGGAUGCUGGGGAAGUAUUUGUUGCUGGGCGAUACCACAGUCUCAUUCCCAUAAUGCAGGAAGUGUACAGUGGUAACCAGAGGUCCUAUUAUGCUGUGGCUGUCAUCAGGAAGGGCACUUUGCCUGAUGUUCAGACACUACAUGAUUUGCGUGGGAAGAAAGCUUGCUUUGCUGGAGUUGGCACUUUGGCAGGUUGGGUUAUUCCAGUGUAUAAGCUUAUGCAGAAAGGAGGCAUGGAUGUGAUUGAUUGCAACAAUCAUGUUAAAUCUGCUAUCAAAUAUUUUGGACCGAGUUGUGCUGUAAAUUCUCUUAUAGAUAAAUACAACCCAAUUGGUGACAAUUCAGAUAAGCUAUGCAAGUUAUGUAUUGGAAAAAUUCCCGGAGAUUGGUGUUCCAGUGCAGAUCCAUAUUUUGGGUUUGAAGGAGCUUUUCGAUGCUUGGUGGAAACAGGAGAAAUUGCAUUUUUAAAACACACUACUGUUGAUGAAAUGACUUCAAACAGAUUUGAUUUUAGUGGUGUGUCAAAAUUGGACUUUGAACUGCUUUGUCAAGAUGGCUCACGCAAACCAGUAGAUGAAUAUCAGUCCUGCUACUGGGAUAUAGUUCCAACUCAUGCUGUUGUUACAACUUCAGCCAAAUCUACUGAGUUGCGGAAGAGCUAUCAACGCUUCCUUAAGAAAGCAAUUGAUAUGUAUGGCACAGUGAACAGGACAUUCACACAGAACUUUCAAAAUGACUCAUUCAGCUCAGUACCAGUAAUGCCAUAUGAGUCAUUUAAUUUAUUUGAAUCUGCACCAAGGUAUGGUCUCCAUCACAACCUGCUUUUUCAGGAUGUUGCCAUCACAUUGUCUCCUUUGAGUGAGUCACAGCAGACUUAUGCUGGAUAUCUAGGAAAGUCACUCAAUACUAUCCUUGGUGUUCGUCAUUGCCCGGUCAACAAAAUGACUCUUUGUGUCACUUCAGAUCCAGAACUAGAAAAAUGUGUCAAGAUGAGAACAGCUUUGAAGGCACAGCUUCUGAAACCAGAAAUGGUGUGUCACAAAGGCCACAGCCAGAUAAAUUGCAUGCAGGCUAUAAGCAAUGGCAUUGCAGAUGUGGCAGUAUUUGAUGCGGGUGAUGUGUAUACUGCAGGACUGAAGUAUGACUUGAUUCCAUUCAUCUCAGAAGUUUACAAUCUGGGGGAGCCUGAAUAUUAUGCAGUUGCUGUAGCAAAAGAAGAAGAUCCUGACACAGAACUUACUUACCUAAAGGGCAAAUACACAUGCCACACAGGUAUUAACACAGGUGCUGGAUGGAUUGUUCCAUUAGCAUUUCUUAUUUCUAAUGGCUGGAUCCGUAGCUAUGGAUGCAAUUCAGUACGUGCUGCUGCUGAGUAUUUCACCAAAUCAUGUGUACCAGGAGCCCUGAGCUCGGAGUAUAACACUGGAGUGCCCUAUGAUAAUAUGUGUGAUCUAUGCCAUGGCAUAAGCUAUCGAUAUUGUAGAAGAGAUGCGUCAGAAGACUACUAUGGAUACACAGGUGCAUUCCGCUGCUUGGUCGAAGGAGGUGGCCAAGUUGCUUUUCUGAAGCAUACAACUGUUAUGGAGAAUACGGAUGGGAAGAGGAAGGAAUGGUGGGCACGGAAUACUCUUACAGAUGACUAUGAACUUCUCUGCCCUGAUGGUACCCGUGCUGCGAUGCAAGAAUAUGAGAAAUGCAACCUGGGAAAAAUCAAAGCAAAUGCAAUUGUGGCACGUGGUGGGAAUGGUUACAAUGAGACUGAAUUAAAUGCAUUUAUAAAUCUUUUUAUUUAUGCACAGCAAUUUUAUGGGCGCAAAGACCAGGAUGACUUCAGUUUUGGCAUGUUCUACUCACCACCACCCUACAGUGAUCUGAUAUUUCAAGAUGCAGCCCAGCAGUUGCAAGUGAUUGAUUCAGCACAUCGCAGCUAUGGAAGCUACUUGGGAAAGGAUUUCCUGCGAGCUCGCAGAGUGGUAGAUUGUCAUGCAGGAGCAACUGUUUUUAAACUGUCCAUUCUAGGGAUUUUUGUUAGUACAGGUUUGUCUGUACUAGUAUUGUAGAAGAGGGAGGCCAAGGUACUCAGAGGACCGUAGAGCCACGGAGGAAGGAAGGAAUAUUGUAGAAGAAAACUGCCUCUUAGUUGCCUGUUUAAUGAGGCAAAUGGUGGUAAUGAACAUGUAAAUAAAUUUGUGAGAUGCUAAGCAUGAUAAUGUGGAUAUCAUUGUUCUAGAUUCAUGAUUACCAAUACUCUGUAUUAUUUAUAAGUUAAUAUUUUACAAGAAGAACUUAUGAUGUGCAGGAGGAAUUUUCUGGAUGUUAAUGCUGAAGGAUUUGUUGUUAGGUAAUUUGUUUGAAAAAUUAACACACACAUACAGGCCUUUUAUUCUAACAUACCAUAAAUGAUUUUAAGUAGCCCCUACAAACAAUGCCUUAUUAAUGACUACAGCCACAUGCAAGGAUAGUGGAUGGUGUUGGGGCAUUCUUAAAUUAGUGCUGAAUUGUAAUUUUCCUUUUCAGCCUUCUGAAUGCAAAAUAAAUUUGUUAGGCAGUAAUAUAUGUUAAUAUAUUCACUAUUCUUCCUGUACUUUGAGAUGCAGUAUUAAAAAAUUGUUGUAUUUUUAUAUUCCGUCCAUUUGGUACAUUUUAUACGUGAACUUUUGUCUGUUUGUACCUCACAAAGUGUGUGAAAUCUGUAUUGCAUCUAUUAUUGAAUAUCUAUAGUUUUUUCUGAGUUGUAUGAACUGUUUGAAUGACUUGAAGAAUGCCUUGAAGGCUUCUUUAAAUGGCAUCCUAUUUGCCCUUGCAGCUACAUUUAAAUUGUAGCAAUUCUUCUUUUCAAAAUGUUUCAGAGACAUGAUGCAGCUAGCUGUUUGGACAGAACAGCUGAUCAUGUCAUUGAGAUGAUUUUAGUUUUCAUCUUCAAUGAGUUAAAUUUAUCUGACACAUUAAAUUAAAUAACUGAUAUAUUCUUAUAUAUAAAUCAAUUUUGCAUAUCAUAUUAUUCCAAUAAACAGUUUAAUUCUUAAAUAUAUACCAUUAUACUCGCACAUUCCUUUGUUAUCUGAUUCAAUAUGCUGUGCUGAAAAUGUAUCAUGCAUGCAAAAUAUUAGUAUUUGCAGGUUAUAAGCAACAGUUAAAGCUCCUGACUAGAGACAAUUUAGUAAUAAUAAUGCCACUUUAUAUAAUGUUUUGAUUUCCUUUAUGAAAUUGCUUAGAUACAGAGCCUAAUUUUAGAAAUAUUCAUAUUAAUGAUAAUAUGAAAGAUAAUUUUCUCAGAUUUAGCUGUAAUUCAUGCAUAAAAAUUCCAAGCUCUAUUUUUGUCUGUGAUAGAAUCAUUUUGGAGAUAGGCAUUUGGGCCUCAAUGGCCUGCAGUAGCUUUCAGAUAAUUGUGCUCUACCAUUCGUAACAUAGGAACCUCUCUUUCUUUUUUUGGAAGUGCACAAUAUUCUAUUCCCAGGAUCUGAAUCUCACACAUUUUGAAUAUUUUCUUUUAAGUGUGCAUUCUCUUGAAAUCAUAUACUGUGCAUUAUUUUUUGACUGCUUUGCUAGAAGACUAAUUUUAAGGUAAAAAUUUUCACUCAUUGAUAUUUAUAACAAAUUAACCUUUGGAAGUACAAAUAAAUGUUGUAUGAAGAUGAAUAAUAAACAUUCCUACAAAUUCUGUAUGAAUAUUAUUUGUAAGUGUGAUGUGUGGUAUUGAGAUUAUAUCAAGCAAAUCAGCAUAGAAUAUAUUAAGUAAUAUGUUCUUUCAAAAAAUAAAAUAUAAUAAUUUGUACCAUUUUUACUGUUACAGGUAAUAAAUAUAUUUCUGACUUA